AAAGAAAGAACAACAAACCACCGCACUCCCUCUCCCUCUCCCAAACAACCCACCCACCCACACACAUACUGACAUACUCAUACACAAUGUCCCUCACAAGACCCCCAAUCCCCCUCCGAAAAUGCCCACGCCUCUUCCCCCGACCAAUCCUCCGAUCCCCCGUCACCACCAACCAACAUCACCGCCAAACCACCCCAACAACAACACCAACCAUCAAACAAUUCCACACCACCCCAAAACCCAAUGCCGCCCGCUCCCCGUCCGUCCGCCGUGCCGAAGCAGCCCAGAAACGCCCCCAACAACCCCGAAUCGCAGCCACCUACACUGAAGACGGCCUCCUCAAGACCCCAGCACAAGGCGACCUUCCCCAGCGCCAGCGAUUCCUCGACUCCGCGUCUAAAACCCUCCACGACGAAGCACGCAAAUAUGGUGGCGUCACCGUCGAUUAUCCUACGUUUGUUCGGAUCGCGAAAGAGCUCUUUAAUGUCGCGUAUACCUAUCCGCCGGCGGCGCAUCUUGUUCAACGGAUUGGGGGUGAUAUAGACGAGGUCUUCAAGAUAGGCUACCACAUUGGCACAAACGACAUGAGCUUCAAGGAAUGGGUACUAGCAGCGUGCAGUCUUGCCGGGGCGCGAGGACCCGUAUUAUACCAGACUGCGCGAUACCUAGCCAUAACAGCACGACGGGGCACGGAAGUGCGGCAAACGGCUGUGCUGGACAAGCUGGAGGAAAUCGGACACACGAGUAACGAUCCCCGGGCGCUGCAGCUUCUUGCGCAGGUGCAGGGCCGGCGGGGGAAAUAUACCCAGGCCUUGGAACUUAUGGAGGCGGUGUUGGCGCGGAUCCAUCCGUCGAAGAAGGCGCCUAGCGGGGCGGAACAUUCAUAUCUGAUUUCGGAGGUUAUGGAAACGCCGUGGCGGGUAUAUGCGGGGUUGAAGGAGAAGGUGGGCGAUCCGAUGGGAGCAGAUGAGGUGAUGCGUCGCGCGGCGCUGGAGUAUGAGGAUCCGAGGGCGUUGCAGGAUUAUGCGAGUUUGUUGAUGCGGGAGAUGGAUUUGGAGGGCUAUGAGGAGUGUAUGAGUAAGGCGGCUAGUUCGGGGGAUGCGAUGGCUUGUCUGAAACUGGCGAACUUUUACUAUCUCACGUCGAAGGGGUGGUUUCCUCGACGAGGGGUCAAGGUGUCGGAGGGGGAUAAUGCGAAGGCGACCCCAAAGGCGACCCGAACGGUUGAUCCGGCCAAGCCGGUUGAGGAGAAGAAGCCCGGCGCGCUGGGGAGGUUCUUUUCGUUCCUUUCUGCGGACGUCAAGUCGCAUGCCGAGUACCGGAAGUUGGCGGUGGAUUGGUACGAGCUGGCGGUUAAGCAUGGAGGCUCACGGGCUGCGUUGCUGCUCGCUAUUAUCGAGCGUGAGGAUGGGAAUUAUGAGGCGGCGUGGGAGCUCUUCCGGUCCUCGCGGACUGACGAUGCGAAGGAGUUUAUGCCGACGUCCCAGGAUGAGCUUGUGAAGGCCUGGCGGGAUGCGACGUUUCGGCCUGAGGUGCCGCUUCAGUUGCUUGAUCUUUGAUGGAGCUAUAUCUAUAGCUGGAUGGUCCGCUGAAGGAUGAUGAUGUGUGGUUUGUUUACUGUGUGUUUGGUUGAUUCCCG